GCUUUUCUCCUUGCAAAAUCCGUCAGUUAGAUUGAAAGAAGUGAGUGAAAGGAGCAGUGAACAGGUUACAGGGGACCGGAGAAGCAAAACCUAGGAACCGCGGUAGAUUGUUUUGUCAAUUAAAAAUGGCAGGCCUGGCCUACAACUGCGUCUUGCCCUCCCCUGAAAUGCGAAAAUGGAAUGAGAUUAUCAAGAAACACGUGCUCAGUGGUGAUGCAGUUCAAGCUAUGGUAACGUAUGUCAAUGUGCAAGAAAUUGGCUUUCAUGCUGAUAACUUCACUUUCCCUAUUUUACUCAAAGCAGCAGGGAGGUGGUCUAGUCCUUGUAUUGGGCUAGCCCUCCAUGGCCAGACAAUAAAAGCAGGUUUCUCCGGCCAUGUUUUUGUCCAAACUGCUCUGCUGAACAUGUACAGGUCUCAUCGUUGCGUUGCUGAUGCUUGUAAAGUGUUUGAGAAGAUGCCUGUCAAAGAUGUGGUUGCUUGGAAUUCCAUUUUAGAUGCCUAUGCUUCUACUGAUCAGAUGGAUGAUGCACUCAAAGUAUUCAAUUCCAUGCCUUUAAAGGACCUCUUAUCUUUCAAUAUCAUGAUUUCUGGGUACUCAAGCAUUGGAAAGACACUGUCUGCGAGAAGUAUCUUUGAUAACAUGGCAGAUAAAGAUAUAGUCUCUUGGAACUCAAUGAUAUCGGCAUAUAUCCAAGGUGAAGAUAUGGAAAGAGCUUGUGAUUUGUUUAGGGAAAUGCCAGCGAAGAACAUCAUCACAUGGAAUACAAUGGUAAAAGGGUUUUUACAAAAUAAACUAUAUGGAACCGAGGUACACAUAUAUGCCAUUGAUAACGGACUUGCAUCAAGUCCCCAUGUAACAACAGCUUUGAUUGAUAUGUAUGCCAAAUGUGGAAGCAUACAGCAAGGUUUACGGGUUUUCUAUAAGUCGCAAGUUAAGGAUAUUUACUGUUGGAAUGCAUUGAUUUCCGGGCUUGCACUUCACGGCCAUGGCUAUGCUGCUCUCAAUAUAUUCAACAAGAUGAGAGAGAACCAUACAAGGCCUGACGAUAUUACCUUCAUAGGCUUGCUUAGUGCUUGUAGCCAUUCAGGUUUAGUGCAAGAAGGUAGCCAAUUGUUUUAUAGUAUGCAAAAGGAAUUUGGAAUAUCUCCCAAAAUAGAGCAUUACGGAUGCAUGGUUGAUCUUCUUAGUAGAGCAAGGCAUCUUGAUUGCGCGUUACAACUAAUCAAAACUAUGCCAUUCAAGCCAGGAGAAGCCAUCUUGGGUGCUUUGCUUAGUGCCUGUAUACUUCAUCAGGAUCUUGAGGUUGGUGAGAGAGUUGUAAAGCUUGUUUCUUCCAGGGGUAACUACCUUAGCGAUGGAGAGCUCAUGAUGUUCUCUAACUUGUAUGCAUCAUGUGGUCAAUGGGAAGAAGCGAACAAAUGGAGAGAGAUGAUGAAUGACACAGGCAUUGUUAAAACAGCUGGAUUCAGUGUGGUUGAAGUUAAUGGGAAGUUUCAUAAGUUCCUGGCUGGGUAAAAAUCGGCUAAAAUGUGAGUGGUGGUGCCAAUUCUGAGAGACAGUUUCUUUACUACUUGCCCAUUUAGCAACACAGUACACAGCGGUGCAAACUGCAUUUCAUCUAAAAAAACAUAAAAAAUAAUGUUUUUGUUGCGGUGCACUGCAUUGAUAAACUAUGCCUAAUUGAUCUUGGCCUUGUGUCAAGGAAAAACUUUGCCUUCUGCUAGUUGGAGGUGUGCCUACCACUAGCCCAAAUAGUUAGGUGCAGUCCUAUCAUUGAUACUCAGCGAUCUCAUGACUAUGUUAUUUUGUCCCAAUUUUUCUAAUAACACUGACAAUUUUCUUAUUA